AUGAUCGCAAAGUCACAGGACACUUUACCACCCCACUUACUGCCUGAUCGAGAGAUUCAUGUUAUCAUCUCUAUUCUCUCCGGGCGUCACAAAGCUCAGGAAUAUUAUGAUCAAACACUCAAACCUCUGCUCGACAGCCAUCAUCUUCAAUACUCGACACAUAAGACGGCUUCAGCCCAGACAAUUGUUGAACUGACACGAUCGUUGAUCAUCCCCAAUGCUACACAAGGAGUCAAGCAAACCAUUAUCUUACUGUCCGGUGAUGGUGGGAUAGUGGACAUUGUCAACACACUCACCACUGAUUUGAACCGUGCCAAUGACGAUCUCAGACGGCCUUCUGUCUUCAUCAAGCCUGUCGUUGCGCUAAUACCAAUGGGUACUGCGAAUGCUCUGGCAUGGAGUUCGAAAAUUGCACAAGAUGCUCUUGGAGUGCUCUUCACAGGAACACCCAAGUCGUUACCAUCGUUUCAAGUCACCUUUAGUCCUGGCUCAAAACUGGUCACCGAUGAAGGUCAAGGUAGAGAAUCCAUUGCCGAGUCUGACAGCGACAAAGGUAUCAUGUAUGGUGCCGUUGUUGCGAGCUGGGGACUCCACGCCAGUCUGGUGGCAAUGAGUGACACGGCCGAAUAUCGGAAACAUGGCCUCGAGCGGUUUGGUAUGGCAGCUGCAGAACUGCUCAAGAAUGGACACGUUUACAGUGGAAGAAUUCAGUGGAGGAAGACAACUGAUCCGCCUGAAUGGAGAGAGGUCGCAGGAUCCAAACAUGCCUACAUCCUGACAACCAUGGUUUCCAACCUCGAGGAGAAUUUCCAAAUAUCUCCAGCUACCAAACCCGUCGACGGGUCUUUACGUCUUGUUCAUAUUGGGCCUGAACCAGUGGAAGACAUUCUGCGAAUACUCGGUCUUGCUUAUCAAGCUGGAAAACAUGUCACGGAUCCCAAGGUCACUUACGAGGAAAUCGAGCGUCUAAGAAUAGAGUUUGAUGAAGAGGACGAAUUAUGGAGGAUGGUGUGCGUUGAUGGCAAGAUCAUUGCCGUGAACCAGGGGGGUUGGUUUGAAGUGAGGUGGUUACCGAGAAGUGGAAUUGAUGCGAGGCGGGUGGUGGAACUCGUCUGUUGA